UUUGGACCAGCCGGCUUCUCUGAUACGCAACGCUGCUGUGCGAAAGCGGCACUUGUCAGAAAAUAUCUGGUUUCUCCUGUGAAGAAAGCAGAACAUGGCCAAGGCAAAGAUUGUCGUUCUUGGUGCUGGUCUAAUCGGUUUAUCCACCGCUGUGUACAUUUCAGACUCCAUUACAAACUGCACUGUGUCUGUCAUGGCUGAUAGAUUUUCUCCUAACACGACCAGUGAUGUUGCUGCAGGAAUGCUUAUCCCACAUCUUUAUCCAGGCAUACCUGUUGAUCAGCAGAAGCAGUGGUUUAGGGAGACUUUUGACCAUCUGUUAUCCAUCUGUAAUUCCUCAGAAGCCUCAGAAGCUGGGAUUCACUUGGUAUCUGGCUGGCAAAUAUUUAAGGACAUUCCUGAGGAGAAGGUGCCAUUCUGGUCUGAUGUGGUUCUGGCCUUUCGCUCAAUGACUGAAAAGGAGCUGAAGAAAUUUCCACAGCACAAAUAUGGUCAAGCUUUUACCACACUGAAAUGUGACUGCCCAUCGUAUUUAAUUUGGCUGGAGAAAAGGCUGAAAGAAAAUGGAGGCCAGGUGCAUGUAAGGAAAAUAGAAGAUCUUUGGGAGCUACACCAUGAUUUUGACAUCGUAGUAAACUGCUCAGGCAUUGGUUCCCGAAAACUUAUAGGAGACCUAGAGAUAUACCCCACCAGAGGGCAGGUUCUCAAGGUUCACGCUCCUUGGAUCAAGCACUUCAUUCGUGAUGGUGAUGGUUUGACCUACAUCUAUCCAGGGAUACACAAUGUAACAUUAGGUGGGGUAAGAGAAAAAGACAACUGGAAUUUGUCCCCGGAUCCCAUUAUCAGCAAAAGCAUAUUUGAUAGAUGUUCCGCACUUGAGCCUUCACUUCAGACAGCUGAGAAUAUAAAAGUGAGGGUGGGCCUGAGGCCAUCUCGGUCAGCUGUGAGAGUACAGAAGGAGGUACUGACUCACAAGUGUGAGAAGUUGCUGGUGGUUCACAAUUAUGGCCACGGUGGAGGUGGUUUUUCAAUACACCAGGGUACUGCCAAGGAGGCAACUCAGCUGGUUCAGGAGUGCCUUGAAACCCUGGCAAAAUCUGGGUGUAAAGCAAAGCUGUAAGUAGGAAAGAAACAUUUCUCUUUUGAUCCAGUAGUCUGGUAGAGCUAGGUGUCAGCGUUCCAGAAAACCCCUCCUGCAGAAAAGACUCCGAAGCCAACAUCUUUCAAAGUUCUUUUACUAGCAUGGGUAAACUGGAUGAAAACCGAAACUGGGGAUCCUGGUUCCUCCCUCAAUAAUACAAACCCCAAAAUCUCCACCCUCAUGACCCCUCUGCCGGUCACAUGGUCCAAUCCUCAACCGUCCCAUGUCGAAGCAUCACUCCAGCCACUCUUCCUCCAGAUGCGAACCUAGCCUGACCUUGACCGGCAGGAAGAAUGUUGUUUUGUCUAAUCAUCCCUUGUAC